AUGAAACGCUUGGUGCUCAUUUUCGCCAUUAUCGGCUUCGGUGUCUCCUUCGAGUGCUACUCGUGCAAUUCGGAGAAACGCCGAACAGGACCAUGCAUUGAUAGAAAAACCAUUUGCGAGAACUCGACAUCUUGCUCAAUGGCGGUGACGUUCCAAAAUGGGAAAUCCGUUGUUCGCAAAUUUUGCACGCCGCCGAACACGCCGAUCUACCAAUACCUUAUGAUGAUGCCUGGAGCGAGCAUGUGCCAGAAUUUUGAACUAGCUGACUCGACUCAACGACAGCGAAGGCAAACCAUAGGGCCGCCAGCGUACCCAGGCGAGCAGGCUUCUCUCCUUUGCGUUUGUACUACCCCGCUUUGCAAUAAAGGAACCUAUGCCAAGGUCCUAGAGAACACGAUGCUCAACAAUCUUCCCCGCCGGUUGCUACCUUCAAUUCAAGACUUCGAAAAGGAGUUGAAAGAGGAGCAGAAUGAUUUCGACGCGAAUAUGCAGCAGCAGAUGGCCGACGCUGGAUUCUGA